CUUGGCCCGAUGUACUUCUGUAUGCGUUUCCCCCAGUGGAAAUGAUACCACUUGUACUAGAGAGGGUGCGCGGACAGAGCCUGUCUUUGAUCCUAGUGGCACCCCGCUGGCCAGCGAAGUCUUGGUACACAGAGAUAAUCAGCUUGCUAGCAGCUCAACCCUGGCAACUUCCGGUUCGACGAGAUCUCCUCUCUCAGGCAGAGGGGGAGAUUUUUCACCCACACCCAGAACUAUGGAAGCUGCAUGCUUACCUGCUGAAAGGUCCAGCUUAUUAGCCAAAGGCCUUUCUCCAGCAGUAAUAGCAACUAUCCAAAAUGCAAGAGCUUCAUCCACUAGAGGAUUAUAUUCCUAUAAGUGGCAAGCUUUUGAGCGAUGGUGUAAGAACAGGCACCUGGACCCUUUUCAGUGCGCAAUAGGAGAUGUUUUAACAUUUCUUCAGGAGCUACUGGAUAAAGGGCUCUCCUUCUCCACAAUUAAAGUCUACUUAGCAGCCAUUUCUGCCUGACAUGUAGGUUUUGAUGGAGUCACACCUGGUGAUCAUCCUUUAGCUGUGCGUUUUCUGAAAGGAGUUCAUAAGCUACGGCCUGCUAUUAAACCCAAUAUUCCCUCUUGGGACCUCACUGUGGCUCUUGAGGCUCUCUGCGACCCUCCAUUUGAGCCGCUAGAGUCUGUAGAGUUGAAGUUUCUUUCAUAUAAAGUUGCUUUGCUUCUGGCUUUUGCUACAGCUAAAUGGGUCGGGGACCUCCACGCUCUGUCAGUGAACCCCUCCUGUAUCCAGUUUUCUACUAAUGACUCUAAAGUGGUU